CCACUCUUUUCUUCCACUCUCAAUUCAUAUCCCUAAAUUUCCGUUGCCAAUUUCUUCAGUUAUCUGUCUCUCAUUUUAAUGGAAUUCGUCGAUCUCGAAGAAGCCGUUGCGUUGGAGAAUAUCAAGCUUCACCUUCUCGGCGAACUCUCUCCCUUCCCCAGAAUUUUACCUUCCAAUGAUGAUAACCUCUGUGUUUCAUCGUCUGACCGUUCCGUCAGUUCUGGUUCUUCAUCCACAUCGAAUUGUGUUCUUAACAUCUCUGAUUUCUUCAAUUCCGAUGAAAUCUUCCAAUUCUCCUCUGAUUUGAUGCCAACCCAGUCGUCGUCUGUGUCUUCAAACGACGAUUUCUUUGGAUUUGAGAUGAAACCUAACGUUAUCGAUCUAACAACACCGAAAUCGACUGAGUUAGUUGAGUUUGAGAUGAAACCUAGAGUUUUUGAGGAUUUUAAUUCGAGGACUCGGUAUAGUAAUAGUUCGAUUGAAGUUGAAUCGAAGAUUAGUCAGGUAACGAAUUCGAAUCGGAAACGAGCGAAUUUAAAGAUCUCCCUUCCGAAUAAGACAACGCAAUGGAUUAAUUUUGAUUCGGCGGUGGAGAAGAAGAAUCGGGUUGUGGUAGAACAGAGGAGUAGAGAUGUUGAAGCGGAGAGGAAAGUUCAUUACAGAGGUGUUCGACAAAGGCCUUGGGGAAAAUUUGCCGCUGAGAUAAGGGAUCCUACUCGCCGUGGUUCUAGGGUUUGGCUUGGAACAUUUGAGACGGCGAUUGAAGCGGCGAGAGCGUACGAUCGUGCGGCUUUCAAGCUUCGAGGAUCUAAAGCGAUUUUGAACUUUCCAUUGGAAGCUUCGAAUUCUUACUCGGAGGCGGUCGUGGUUGGGAAGCGACGGAGGGAGGAGGAGGAGGAAGUUGAGGCAGUGGUGGUUAAGAAAGAGAAGAGGGAAGAGGAGGAGGUGAAGCAAGUGGGUACCGACGUUAGUUACUUGAAGGAUAUGCCGUUAACGCCGUCGUCUUGGUCGAUGGUUUGGGACGGCGAAACCAAAGGAGUUUUCAAUAUUCCGCCGUUAUCACCGUUAUCUCCUCAUCCGGCCUUUGGUUUUCCUCAGCUUAUGGUUGUAUAAAACAAUUUGGUGGAAAAAUUUCCCCCUUCUUUUUUUUUCCUUUCUUUUCAUUUAAAUAAAUAAGAAAUUGUCUUCCUUUGUUUAUUUGUUAA